CUGCGGCCGGGCGCGCAACUCCAGUUUAAUUUUUGCUCUCGAAUCGUGUGUUUUUGAGUGUCUGGACCAUGGUCAACGCUCUGUGGGCCACGUUAAUAUCGCUCAUGUUAAUCGACCGCGUUUUGGCCAGCGAUCUGUUUUCCCUGCCACCUGCCACGAAUCAGCGCGAGGAAUUGCUUGAGGACUAUGGCCGAUUUUUACUGUCCGCCAUGAACAGGAGCGUGGAUCCGUGCGAGAACUUCUACGAGUUCAGCUGUGGCGGUUGGAAGAAGGCGGAAUUGGUGCCGGAACAGGCCAGGAACACCAGUUUUCUUCACGCAAUCCAGCACAAGAUUGACGAGCAGGUCCUGGGCUUUCUGCAGAAUGCCACCAAAGGAGAGCUGAGGGAUUUGGGUGUGAAUGGCACACGUUCGGCGGAGGUGAAAGCCAAACAAUUCUACGCCAGCUGUGUGGAAAUGAAGGCCAACCUGUCAUUGGGCUAUCAGUAUUUUCUGGAUCUCGAUGAGGAUCGUUUGCAGAAGAGUAAUGCGACUUACGAUUGGAUGUACAUAAACUUCAUGUCCAAAUAUGAUAUAUACCCACUACUGCCUCUAAAAGUGCAUUAUAGCACUUCUUCUAGGAAGUUUGAUCUACUUUUAACUCCGCCCAUUAAAGUUCUGGGAGGUAUAAGUGAUGAGCAGCUGAAGAAUAUGACCAGAGAAUUUGGCUUGGAUUCAAGUGCGGAGAAAUCUAAACAAUUUGUUGAGAACUUUGCCAACCUCACACAAUUCGAAAAGAGUUUAAUUUCUGUAACAAAAUUACGAAAUGGAACAGAGCAGUCAAAUUACAAGGAUUUCCUGGCGAAACACAAACACGAUCGUUUGAAUUGGACGCGAUUUUUCGAACUGGCCUUUAAUGGCAGCCAGGAAGGCCACUGGCCAGUGCUCAAUCAACUGGAUAAUGUCAACGAUUUGGUAUUCUUUCUGGAGCAAACAAAUCUGGACACCCUGAGAAGCUAUAUUAAAAUUAGAGAGCUGCUUAGGUUUUAUGGCUUGUGGAAAACUCAAACGAAAGUGGGCGGAGUUCAAAGUGAAUGUCGCUCUUUGUCGGAGACCUACUUCAAUUACGCUCUUUUGCCCUGGUUUAUUGGUAAGGUUUUCGAUAGGGAUAGACGUGCUGAUAUACUGAGUGUUGCGAAGGACAUCAAGGAUACGUUUUACGAUCUCUUGGAUCAUCAUACCUGGCUGGACGAUGAGACUCGUUCGCAGGCCAAAACCAAGCUGGCUUCAAUGGAUAUUUUAGUGGGCUAUACGGAUGAUCUGCAGCAUCGCGAGGUGAUUGAUGGGGUGUAUAACGACAUCAAUAUGACCGGAAAUUGGUUCGAGAACCUGUGCACCAUGGAGGGCAGUCGGGCCAGGAUACGCCUGCGUUCGGUUGAUAAGGCUCUGAUUCCGCUACUUAUGCCAACGAGAACAGUGAAUGCAUACUAUGCAGAUUUCCUGAAUCUAGCCUUCAUCACCAUUGGCAUGGCCCAGUGGCCUUUCUACCACAUUGAUUUCCCGGAUGUUCUAAAGUACGCUGGAGUGGGUAACAUUAUUGGCCACGAGAUGGCCCAUGGCUUCGACUCCUACUGCUAUCAGUACAAUUAUGACGGCAAGAAGACCAACUGGUGGUCAACAGCUUCUCUGAGGAACUUUAAGGAGCGCUACCGCUGCCUGGAAUCGCAGUACAAUAAGUUUAUUCUGAUGGGCGUGCAGACCAAUGGCACUCUCACCUCCGGCGAUAAUAUAGCCGAUAAUGUUGGCACCCGAAUGGCAUACUAUGCAUUUAAGCGGAAAUCUGGCGACAAGGCUUGGUCGGAAAAGCCUCUGAGGGGAGUUAACUUCAACAACAAACAGCUGUUCUUCGUAAAGUUUGCCCAAACCUGGUGCAAUGGCAAGGAUAAUGGCGAGAAGAUCCGGAGACUGAAGACUGAUGUCCACGCCUACGACGAGUUUCGGGUUCAGGGCACCUUGAGCAACAUGCCCGAGUUUAGUGAGGCUUUCAACUGCAAACUGGGCACGGAAAUGAAUCCGCUCAAGAAGUGCGUGGUAUGGUGAAAUAAAGUGUAAUAUGUACAAGAAACAGAAUGCUAUGGUUUUUA